AUGAGUCUGGUGGUUGGUCAGUCGUUGGGUUUAACUCUAACCGGCGAUGGUGUUUCGUUACGCAAUUCGAGAAGAAAUGGCGGUAAAUCUAAGUUCUUGUUGGUGAAUCGGAGGAGAUUCGCGCGUGCUGCUCUGGUUCAGGCUAGGCCCAUGGAGGAUGGAGCGGCGGCGAUUCCUUCACCACCGUCGAGGGCGGCUACCGCGCCGGUUGUUCAAUACCGACGGGCUGAACUCGCGGAUGAUCUUCAAGCCGAGGCGCGAGCUUUGGGUCGUGCUGUUGAUGCUUCUAUCUAUUCUCCGGAGCUCAUCGCCAGGAAACACGGCUCUCAGCCCCUCAAGGCUUUGCGGAGAAGUGUGGAGAUAUUGGCAGCUUUGGGUGGUUUCGCACUGAAAUUGGGGAUUGAUCAGAGGCAAGGCAAGCUUGAGCAGAAGAUGAAACAGAGAGCGGGUGAGCUCCGCCGGAUUUUCACUCGUCUCGGUCCCACUUUCGUUAAAUUAGGUCAAGGUCUAUCCACCCGACCCGACCUCUGUCCACCGGAUUACCUUGAAGAACUCGCCGAACUUCAGGAUGCUUUGCCAACUUUCCCUGAUGCAGAGGCCUUUGCUUGCAUUGAGAGAGAGCUUGAUCUGUCUCUAGAAUCCAUUUUCUCGUCUGUGUCCCCUGAGCCAAUCGCAGCAGCUAGUCUGGGCCAGGUUUACAAAGCCCAGCUGAGGUAUUCGGGUCAGGUUGUUGCGGUCAAAGUCCAACGCCCUGGAAUCGAAGAAGCCAUUGGUCUUGACUUCUACCUUAUUAGAGGCGUUGGGAAACUCAUUAACAAGUACGCAGACUUCAUCACUACCGACGUCCUCGCCCUUAUCGACGAGUUUGCCUGCAGAGUUUAUCAGGAGCUCAACUACGUCCAGGAGGCCCAAAAUGCUAGGAGGUUCAAGAAACUCUAUGCUGAUAAAGCAGAUGUUCUUGUACCUGAUAUAUUCUGGGAUUACACGAGCCGCAAGGUGCUGACGAUGGAAUGGGUCGAGGGAACUAAACUGAACGAGCAAGUUGCCAUUGAGAGUCAGGGCUUGAAGGUUCUUGAUCUUGUGAACACAGGAAUCCAGUGUAGCUUAAGGCAACUCUUAGAGUAUGGGUUUUUCCAUGCCGACCCUCAUCCUGGUAAUCUCUUGGCAACACCUGAUGGGAAACUUGCCUUUUUAGACUUUGGUAUGAUGAGUGAGACACCAGAGGAAGCUAGGUUUGCUAUCAUAGGCCAUGUUGUUCAUUUGGUCAACCGAGAUUAUGAAGCCAUGGCCCGAGAUUACUAUGCUUUGAAGUUCUUGUCCCCUGACGUUGAUGUUACUCCCAUCGUACCAGCGCUCAGAGACUUCUUUGACGAUGCACUUAAUUAUACAGUCAGCGAGCUCAAUUUCAAAACACUGGUUGAUGGUCUAGGUGCUGUCUUCUAUCAGUAUCCGUUUAAUGUCCCCGCCUACUAUGCUUUGAUUCUGAGGUCGCUUACUGUGCUUGAAGGUUUGGCACUUUACGCAGAUCCUAACUUCAAAGUGUUGGCUGCAUCAUACCCGUAUUUUGCCAAAAGGCUUCUCACUGAUCCAAACCCGUAUCUAAGAGACGCCCUUAUUGAGCUUCUGUUCAAAGAUGGAAAGUUUAGGUGGAACAGACUUGAGAACCUUCUACAACAGGGAAGUAAAGAUAGGGAUUUCUCGGCAAAAGAUGCUCUACAACCUGUUUUGAAGCUGCUGCUGGAUCCAAACGGCGAAGAGCUUCGACUGUUAGUAAUUAAAGAAGCUGUAAGGGUCAGCGAAGCAAUGGCUCUGGGCACUGUCGUUGAUACAUACAAUUCCAUGCCUGAGUUUUUGAGAUCUCUUGUCUUCAAUGGAAAUGGGAAUGGCCCUCUUACAAUGAAUGCCACGGAACUCGAAAGCACGCUCGAGCUUCGGGACCAGGUCUCAAGAAUCUGGGGCCUUCUUCAGUCUUCAGAAAGCUUUGAUCCAGCGAUUUUGCAGCCAAUAGUACAGGUGUUACAACAGCCGGAAGCACGAAGACUUGGAGGACGUGUUGCAGGCGGUGUAGGCCAACGUCUUGCAGCUCGGUUUCUGCAACAGCUCCUUCGAGCUACAACACCAUCUUCGUCACCAGUCACAUAA